AUGGUGCGCUUAUCAUUUCCCACAGCACCCAUUCCUCGCCACGAUUGCUUACUUGUUUGCGAUGAAGUAGCAGCUUCUCCAUCUGAAUGUUUCCCUCUUGCCUAUCUGAACUUUCCGUGUUUUCUGAUCUUUGCGAAAAGAUCAGUGAUGGAUGAUGAACAGCUAGAAGCAGCUCGCAAUAAGGAUCAGAUGGCAAUUUUUAGAGAUGAAGUGUUGUCAAGUAUAGAUCUGAAGAAUGAUAGUAUCGACCUUGGCACUACUAUAGAAAGGGCUGCUCUGGAAGAUAAAGAGUAUACAACUGACAAUCCAGUGGCUCAAUCUAGGACCGCCUCAACAACUGAUUCUGGCUUAGAAGUCGACUUUGAAGCACCAUUUGUGAGUUCUACAAAAUAA